AUGGCAGACCCAUACAACGCUUACAACUCACACUCAACUACGCCGGGCGGGGUUGGCUACUAUCCCCCAGAGGAUCAGCCUCAGUACCCGGCAUAUGGCCACCAGGAGCCAUACGCAAACCAAGAGCCAUACCAUAACCCCGGAUCAGAGCAAUACAACCCCGGAUCAGAGCAAUACAACCCCGGACCGGAGCCUUACCAGCCUAGUCUAAACACAAGCCAGGCCUAUGCUCCACAGCAAAGUUCAUACCACCUUGCGCCCGAGCCAUAUGGAUCCUCCACGGAGAGAAGCUAUACGCCGGCAGGGCAGCCAGACUACCUCGGGCCAGUGACUCCGACAGGAUAUCAGCAUGCGCAAGACAGAAUCCCCGGGAACGCAGGAUACUACAACGACCAUCCCGCCGACCAACCACGGUACACACCCUCCGCAAGUCCCCACCCUCCCGCCGUCCAUGUAUCAGAGCCAGAAGAUUCACAGCGCAGUGGCGAACAGCGCUCCGAUACAGACACCGACACUAACCGGGGUAUGGACCGUGGGCUCGGGGGUUCGCUCGCUGGCGGCGUGGCGGGCUAUUACCUCGGUCAUAAGAAGGAACAUGGCUUGCUGGGUGCGAUUGGUGGUGCCCUACUUGGGAACUUCAUAGAGGACAAAGUGAAGGAUCACAAGAGACAUGACGAUGAUAGUGAACAUGAGCAUGGACAUGAUCACAGUGAUCAUCAUCGCCGUCACCGCCACCAUCACCACCACCACCAUGAUCAUCGGAGCCAUUCGGGGCACAGUAGUCAUAGCAGACAUAGCGGUCAUAGCGGGCACUCUCAUAGUUCUCAUCACACCAGCCAUUCGAGGCACCGCCAUGAGGAUGAAUACUGAGCGGAUCUCGACUUCGGACAGUGUUCUUUUGCCUACGGUUUCUUCUGUUCCCCUCUUUCUUUUAUCGUGCUGCAAUUCUAGCCUUUGCCAUGGAAUAUAGGUUGUGUGCUUCCGGGUUACAUGCUUCCCUUUGUUUGAGACUUGGUAUCAGUUUAGAGACAGCAUUCUUAUCUUGAUGGAUUUCUUUUGAUGAUUUUCUUUUUGUCUCGAGGAGUCUCUGGUUGAUGGGCACCUUGUAUACUUUCCCACGAAGACUCCAUUUCGACAAUUACGAAUGGAUCCAGACUUUCCUGAUAGUUGACUAUCUUUUACUGAAUUUGAUGAUUAUGCGUAAUGAGGGAAUGAACAUUUGAUUAUGUUCACUUGCAAACGAAAUACCUAGGGCGAUUAAACCAUAUUCCAG